GCUUUUCCUCUUCACCACCGGCUGCUCUUGCUUUGUGGGGGCGAAUUGCCUUGAUUUUCUGGUAAGAUUCAGCCAAGAAAUCAUCUCUUUAGCUUUGAUUUGGGCUUGGGUUUGCUUUAAUUCCUCUUGGUUCUUGAAUUUCGGUAGUUCCCCUGAAUUUUCUGUAGAUUCCCGUCGGCCUUCUUCCCCAAACUGCAAUCCGGUUGUGCUGGAAAAUUAUGGAAAUAGCAUCGUGAUUAAGGGUAGUCUUAAUGAUGAUUUCAGUGUGAAAUUGUGAUAGUACGGAAUUAAUUCUUGAAUAUUUGAUUAGGUUCUUGAUCCUUGGGGUGCUUUAGUACGUGAAUUGAGUGCUCAAUUUUAUGUGAGUGAGGUAAGUAAAUUUAUGGUAAUGCCGAUACAGUUUUUAAAAGCAUGUUUUGACUUGUUUUUGAAGUGGUGGCGGGACUAAACUCGUUUUACACGAGCAUGACUGAUUUGACCUGAAAUUUUUAUGCUUUUCAUUAAAUUGAGCAUGCCUACUUGAAAGUUUAAUUGAUUGUCCUGAUGAUUUGCAAGCGAUUGGUGAAUUAUGAUUUUUCUGUUAACUUUUGCCUGUUUUGUCUCCGAUGUGGUUAUGUUAUUGAUGAUCCUGCUAGUGGGGGUUAAACGCUAGCACAUGUCGACAUGUUAUUGAUAGAACCGGUUCGUUCAACCUUGCUAGUGGGGGUUAUACACCAGCAAAUAGUGUAGCCUGCUAGUGGGAGCUUGAAGAACGCAUCACUAGACCGUCAACCCAGCAAUGUAUACAGCAAUCCAAGGUAAAAAAUGGACUUGUUUAGAGAACUCAUAGAGUUGCGAGGUAACCAGGGUAGAGAGGAAGAAGAGGGGGAGUUAUAUCUGUAGAGCCCAUCGCGAUGAUAGUGCCGUUGGCGUUGCAGGACUUGCGGGAAACAAUGAUGCCUGAAAGCAGCGCCAGUUCCAGCGCUAGGGACAACGGUGACGACCACCAUACUUCAUCAUCCAGCAGCUCGUCCUCUAAGGAGACACUCUACCGCGAGGAAGGGACGAGGAAUGCGGUUAGCGAUGUCUCAGAUCUGCUUAUGAUUGGAGAGUGGGAAAGCAAGACAAUCAUGGGCAGGUUGAGUAAUCUACGAAAGGCGCCUGCGGACCUGCCCGUUGGAUUUAGAUUCAAGGCCGCGCUUCAUCAUGAAGUAGCAGACAGUGUGCCCUCAAUAAGUGGGUAUAAGAAACUGGAGGAGAUAACGGGCUGGAUACCAGUGUACGUGGACCAUUUUGAGGCCGGCCUGCGAUUUCACCUGCCUGGGCUAAUAUUCGACCUGCUGGCUGAUUACAAGCUGGCUUUGACGCAGCUGACGCCCUACAGCAUAAGGUUCAUCAUAGGCUUUAUGCUGUUGUGUGCAAGGUUGGCGGUACCGGCGAAGGUGAUAGUGUUCAGGUCGAUGUUCCAAUGCCGGCUAUGUCCUAACUCCAGAGGUGCAAAGUGGUAUUACCUCUCAGGGAGAGAGAAGAGCCAGCUAUUCAAAAACGUCAAGAACAAAAUGGCGAGGUGGAAGAGGCAAUUCGUCUUUGUUCGCAAUAUGCGAACAGAGCAAAUAAGCAACGACCUCGCUGCUCGGCUAUCUGAGUGGCAUCUAGAAGCCCUAGUUACCUCAGAGCAGCUCGUCGUGUUCAGGUUUGUCGACAUGGCAAACCUGUUCACAAAAGCAUACUUGAACGCCAAUGUCAACGAGCCCAAGGCUCACGGGGUCGCGGAGCGGGCAGCACCUUGCAACGACAGACGCGGUUCGAUGAGUGGCCUUCUCCAGCACCACAAUCAUGCAACUCGUCGCACCGUGGCUCCAGCUUGGUGUCCAGGCCUCUCGCUGAGCAGCGGGUUGAAACUGCGGCCCCCAGUGCACGCAGGCGCGCACGCGAGGAGACUGACAGUGAAGAUGAGGUCCCCUUCAUACGGUGCAGAACAAGUGGGGGGACUCAGCCUGCGUAGGCGGCUCAACCUGCGAUCGCGUGCUCAUCAAACGCGCCAUCGGCCAUGGCGCAAGCAUGCAAAGCUUUAUGCCACCCGUGGAUUGUCACGGGCAAGGACUUUUGUGCAGCAGCAUGGCGGGCAGGUCGCCAUGGUCAAGCUAAUGGACAUAAUGGAGAGCCGAGCAAACGAGCUCGCAAACAGAAAUAACGAGAUCAGGGAGGAGCUGGAGCGAGCCCGCGCUAAAAAGAAAAGCGGGAUCCAAGCGGCGAAGGAUGAGGCCACCCGUGUUGAGGAACGGGCCAAGAAAGCUAAGGACGAAAAGGAACGUGCUCUGAACGAGCUGAGCUCCCUAAAGAACCAGAUCGUCGAGGCCGACAAGAACUUCAACGCAGCUGAAGAGGCCCUGAACGAAUUGAAGACUUCUCAUGGGCGCUUUAUCUACAACGAAAUCCGUGGGAAGGUGCUGCACCAUCACCCUGACUUCCCCAUCCGUGAGCUGGCGUUUUUUGACGGGGAGGACAUUGACGAGCAGGGUAAAAGCCUUGCUCCCCUCGCUGAUACUAUGGUGCGGUUGAGAUGGGAUCUCAACGAGGAGGGGGUACCCAUUUGGCCUUCUUCAGUCCUAGAAGAAGGGGAGGAUCCAAUGAGCCUACCCUCCUUCGACUCUUGGGUUGAAGGUGCUCUGGUAACCGGACAAGAGCCAUCAAGCACCCCGCCCAACUCCCAGCCCGCCGCGGUGCCGGCGAGGUUGCCCGUCAUUGCACCAGCUCCCAAGCCCACCAUUUGCUUGCCUCCAACUUGCUCCUCUCCUCCUACCGCUGACGCGUCCAUGCCCGUCAAUUUGACGGAUGAUUAGGCUUAGGAUUUUUUCGUUUUUAUCUUUUGUAUUUUUGUUUCUGCAUUUUUGUAUUGAUCAAUGCAUCCAUUCCAUAUGUAAUUCAAAUGUAAACAUCCUUGAUGAAAUACAAGCAUGAACUUUGC